AUGAUGAGGGAGAAGAUCAAGAUCAAGAAGAUUGACAACUUGCCUGCAAGGCAAGUGACCUUCUCAAAGAGGAGGAGAGGGAUCUUCAAGAAAGCUGCAGAGUUAUCUGUUCUGUGUGAAUCUGAGGUGGCAGUUGUCAUCUUUUCUGCUACUGGCAAGCUUUUUGAUUAUUCAAGCUCAAGUAUGAAGGAUGUUAUUGAAAGGUACCAAGCGCACAUAAAUGGUGGUGAAAAAUUUGACGAACCGUCUAUUGAGUUGCAGCCAGAGAAUGAAAACCACAUCAGAUUGAGCAAGGAACUUGAGGAGAAGAGCCGCCAGCUGAGGCAGAUGAAAGGAGAGGAUCUUGAAGAGCUGAAUUUUGAUGAGUUGCAGAAGUUGGAACAACUGGUGGAUGCAAGCCUUGGCCGUGACGAACGGAUUAUGAGUGAGAUUAUGGCACUUGAAAGAAAGAGAGCUGAGCUUGUAAAAGCCAACAAACAGCUAAGGCAGAGGAUGUUUUCCAGAGGAAAUAUUGGACCUGCGCUUAUGGAGCCGGAGAGGUUGAAUAAUAAUAUUGGUGGUGGAGGAGAAGAAGAAGGCAUGUCAUCUGAAUCUGCUACCUCCACCACCUGCAACAGUGCUCCCAGUCUCUCUCUUGAAGAUGACUCCGACGACGUCACUUUAUCUCUCAAACUGGGGAUCUCAACACGAAAGAGGCUAUUGAAAACAUACAGGGAGGAAAUGUAUUCCACUCUCUCUAGACUAGAACAACAUAACCUGCAUAAAAACUCUGUAUCAAUGCAGCCUGCUUUGGAGACUCUUGUGGACUUUGUAUUUGCUUGGGUUAUCAAUGUAGCGGCGUAG